AUGGCGUCUCCCUGGAAGCUCCCCCAGGAGCUCACCGACCAGGUCGUCCAGCUUUGCUUCGAUCGUCUCCUGCGCAACCUACCGGAAAUGAAAAAGCUGUGUGAGAAAGAAACUUUGGAGUUCCUGGCCCUGAGGCGUGUCUGUCAUUCACUUAAUGCAGCCGUCGAGAAUAUACUCCUGCGCCUUGAGACAGUCCGCAUAUAUACGGAUUACUAUACUCCCCUGGCUAGGUUGGUGCUACUCCAUGUAAUACGGCGAGCAAAAACGGGAAAAUAUCCCAUGGUGUCGACGAUAAAAACAUCUGGGAAUCUUAUCCUCUCUGGAAUGGGAAUCACCAAUGUCACCCCACGCACGCAGGAUUGGAUUUGGAAGACGAUCUCUCUUAGUCUCACAGACGGAGCCACCUGGGUUCUCCUGGGUGACUUCUGCUCCAAGGUGUAUGCUGGGCCCAUUGAAGCCAAAGUCUCAUACGCAAUUGCCAUCCGGGCUGCCGCGUACGAGGGGAAUGUGUCACUGUUGGAGACACUCUUGGAUCAGAAGCCAGACGCCUUUUUCUGUCACUAUAACGCCAUUUAG